UCCUCACUUGUGACUUGUGUGGCAGAGACUACGUAGGCACAGCGGCCUUGGACCUGCACAUGGAAGUGUAUCACCCCCCUCCUCAGUGCGCAGAGUGCGACAGGACCUUUGCUUCCGACGCAGCGUUGCAGCAACACCGAAGGGAAUCUGCCGUUCACAAAGUGCUGGUUUGUGACCUGUGUAGUACAGUUUGCGUCGGCACAGCGGCCUUAGACCGGCACACGGAAGCAUAUCACCCCCCUCCCCACUGCGCGCUUUGCGAUCGAGUCUUUGUCUCGGAAAAAUCAUUGCAGCAACACCUCCAAACCUCUCCCGCACACCGAGUCCCGACCCAUAGCUGUCGGGAGUGCGAUAGAUCGUUCUGCACGGAGGCGGCUCUUCGGCAGCACCUCAACUCGCCCAUCCACGUUCAUCGUUGCGAAGAUUGUGACCGAACCUUGGCCUCUGCGGCUGCUCUACGGCAACACCUUCUCUCCCCAAGACAUGUCUCCCUGGACCAGUCGUCUACGUCAGGGCCAGAUUCCGAGGUGCGUCCGGCGAUGGUGCCAGGCACUCCAGUCUCGCAAACCCCGGCACUUGCCCAACAUUUGGGGGUGGCAGAAGCAUCUACUGCCUCUGCCCCAAACGGAGGCGACAGUGGAAGUGACCGCGUCGGUAACAACGGCCGACCAUCUCCUCUUCCUGGCGCCGCUCACGGAACGGGGCCUUCACAUGUGCCUGGGAGCUCCGACACCUGGGAAGACGUUCCCCUGUCUCUUCUACGGCUUGAGUCAAGGGAACAGGAGCUCAACACGCAAGCCUCGAAAAUCCGGUUUGGAAACUUUCCGGCAGAGGUCGCAAGGAACUCGACUUCGGACCACCUGCUCUCCGCCAUCCUGCCGACGCUCUUGCCGAGGGCGGGGGGUGUGCCAAAUGGAAGUAGCACAGGGGCCGAGGGAGCCUCAAGCUCUGGCACCAACUUUUUGUCGGUUGACGCGGCCGCUGCCACACUUGGGCCCCGCACGGUGAACGGAUACGCAUCUCAAACGCCUGCCGGUGGGGUGGACGGCCGGAACACGGGUCUCAAGGGAAAGACUAAAGUAGCCCCGGUUGAUGAAGGCUUGGAAGGUACCGACCUAUUCGAGGGAUCCAGUUGCUGCAUUUGCUUCGAGAAGCCCAAAGAUGCCGCUUUCGUGCCAUGCGGGCAUCGAGUGUGCUAUGGCUGCGGCGGAGUGGUACACAAGCAGCGGGGGGCUUGCCCGAUGUGCAACAAAAAGAUCGACAUCGUGCUUCGACUUUUUGGCUAGUCCUCCAGCUCCUUCGACCUGUCCCCCGCAGCCACACCGACUGAUCAUUGAUGAUUCUACAUCUGGGCGAAACAUUCAGGAGACCGCAAUGUGGACUUUGUAGGUCCGGGCCCGUGCACAGAAUUGGUUCUGGAGUAGUCUUGCAUUGAGUAAUCCGUGAGGGGCCGGGGGCUAGUUGAGGCAAUAUUUGACUAUAAUGAAUAGUGACACUAUACUUAGGUUGUGUAUUGAAUAUCUUAGAUUUGGUUCACUAAAUCUGGUCGAAUUGACAGAUUCUUUGAGGGUCUCCGUUCAAUUAACGGGGCAAAAUGGUUUUCUC